UUGGCUAUCGUUAAAUAUUGAUUUGACCUUGGAAUCUGGAGAUUUGGAGAUGCAGAAUAUUUUGGCCAUCAAACAAAUUCGCAUGGAUUUUUAAUGAUAGAUGAAUUGCUACAGGGCAGAAAAGAUCUAGAAAUAUUACUGACAACUGUAAUUUUUGACUUUGUGUACUAUGAAGCCUUUUCUGCAGGCAGUGGCAUUAUGGGGGAAAAAGGCACCUUCUCAUAGCAUCACCAGCAUAAUGAUUACAGAUGAUCAACACACUAUUGUUACAGGAAGCCAAGAGGGUCAACUAUGUCUCUGGAACCUUUCCUCUGAACUAAAGAUAGCAGCUAAAGAGCUUCUCUUUGGUCAUACUACUUCUGUAACAUGUUUGGCGAAAGCAAGAGAAUUUGAAAAACAACCGUAUGUCGUUAGUGCUGCUGAGAAUGGGGAGAUGUGUGUUUGGAAUGUCACCAGUGGCCAGUGCAUUGAGUCUACAACCCUCCCUUAUAGACACACAGCCAUCUGUUACUAUCACUGCGCCUUCCGAAUGACAGGAGAUGGCUGGCUUUUGUGUUGUGGAGAAUAUCAAGAUAUCCUCAUUAUUGAUGCCAAGACCUUGGCAGUUCUUCACACUUUUACAUCCUCUCAAUCUCCUGAUUGGAUCACCUGCAUGUGCAUUGUUCAUUCCAUGAGGAUUCAAGAGGAUUCUCUCCUGGUGGUAUCUGUAACUGGAGAUCUCAAAGUAUGGGAUCUGUCCUCUUCUAUAAGUAGCAUCCAGGAAAAGAAAGAUAUUUAUGAAAAAGAAUCCAAAUCUCUGGACUCACCAAAUUGCCGGACGAUAAGAUUUUGUACCUACACGGAAAGACUUCUGUUGGUGGUAUUUUCCAAAUGUUGGAAGGUUUAUGAUUACUGUGACUUUUCUCUCCUGCUCACUCAAGUCAGUAAAAGCAGGGAGUUCUUUGCUGGUGGAGAGGUACUUGCUGCUCACCGAAUCAUCAUCUGGACAGAAGAUGGUCACAGUUAUAUCUAUCAGCUGCUGAACAGUGGACUUUCAAAAAGUUUAUACCCUGCUGAUGGAAGAGUACUUAAGGAAACCAUGUAUCCUCAUAUGCUUUGCUCUACUUCUGUAAAAGAAAAUAAGAGCUAUCCAUUUGUUAUGGGCUAUCUCAAUGAACGAAAGGAACCUUUUUAUAAAGUCCUCUUCUCAGGAGAAAUGUCUGGAAGAAUCACUUUGUGGCAUAUUCCUGAUGUCCCAGUGUCAAAGUUUGAUGGUUCCCCUAAAGAGAUACCAAUAACUGCUACUCACACCCUUCAAGAUAAUUUUGAUAAGUAUCACACUAUAUCACCUAGCAUUAUUGAUGGUUUCUGUGAUCUUGAAGAUGGAGCUAGAAGCCCAGCCAUCACUUCAUCUAUGUAUAUUCCAAAUUUUGACAAACUAAUAUGUGGAUGUGAAGACGGGAGGAUCUUUAUUACACUUGCCUUAAAUGCAGCAAAAGCAGGACUUUUGGAAAACAGUGCCUUAUUUAAAAAAGAUUCCCUACCUCAUAAAGUUCUUAGAGGCCACAGCAAAAGUGUUACUUCAUUACUUUAUCCUCAUAGCCACUUUUCCAAAUUAGAUCAAAGCUGGAUGGUUUCAGGGGACCAAGAUUCUUGUGUAAUCUGGUGGGACAUCUUAACUGAAGAAAUAUUGCAUAAAUUCCUUUUGUGGGCAGGUCCAGUAACAAGCCUUUUGAUGUCACCAGAAAUCUUCACACUGAAAGAUCAUCACAUUGUAUGCUGUGUGUGCAGUGAUCGCUCAGUUGUACUUCUUCACCUUGAGGAAAAGACGUGUCUUUUGAAGGCUCAGAAGCACCUUUCCCCUGUGACAACAAUAAAAUGGCACCCUGAGGAAAAUUUCUUAAUUGUUGGAUGUGAAGAUGAUUCCAUUUACAUCUGGGAAAUUGAAACUGGCACUUUGGAAAGAUAUGAAACAGGAGAGAGAGCAAGAGUGAUUCUUAAUUGUUGUGAAGAUUCACAGCUUGUUAAGCCUGAGCCUUUGUUUGCAGUUGCUUCAGAAUCAUACAAGCACAAAAAUGCAGAUUACAGAUCCUCCAGCUCCUCCCAACUUGGCACCUUGUCUUAUCCCAUUCCUCAUGCUGAGUCUUUACCCAAGGUAAGUCAAAGCCUGUUUUGCCCAAAUCCAUUUAACGUGUUACCAGUGAAGAGCAAAUGGAGCAAUACUGACUUUCACGUUCUUUUUUUUGACCUGGAAAAUCUUGUGGAACUUCUGCUCUCUACCCAAUUCAACAGCUUUAGUACCUCCCAUUCAUGGCAUGGCAGUGACAUUUUAAGAAGAGCAAGAAGCACCUUUGAGAAAAGACCAAUGACACUGAAAAGAAGUAAAACUUCUACCUCUUCUAUUGCAGGGGAGGUGCAGAUGAAGAAUUUUUAUGAGAACCAGGGCCAGGGAGAUAGCCCAGACAAGUCCUUUGAUGAAAAUGAGGGCAUCAGACGACAGAAAAAAAUGAAGAGUUCAAAAAAAGCUCAAUUUAUAUCACCAAGAAAAGUCGAUAACAACCUCAUGAUAGACACAGCUAAACUUUUCUUGUCAUGCCUCUUACCAUGGGGUGUGGAUAAAGAAUUAGAUAAUCUAUGCAUUCAGCAUCUAAAUAUUUUAAGACUUCAAUAUCCAGUUUCUUUAGGAUUAGCAUCAAAUGAAGAUCAUUUUUCUUUGAUGUUACCUGGUUGGAACUUUUGCAGUCCAGGAAUGAAAGAAGGGUGUUCAGUAGUCAACUUGUUUUCCAGAAAAGUGAUAGACUUGUCAAAUAAAUACAUCGCUGCCCUUCCAAGCCAACCAGAAAGUAUAGGAGAGCUAGAAAGUAACUCAUCUCAAGGAUCAGACACUAUAAUAUAUCUGUUAAGCAAACUGUUUUUAGUUAAUAAGUUAGUUAACAUGCCUUUAGAAAUGACCUACCGAACUAACAGUUGCAACAAACUGGAUUCUGUUUCUAACAAGGGAAAACAUAUUGGCAAUGAUAAUUCAAGUUUCUAUGGAAAUUCACGAAAUGGUAAAACUGAAUUUCAUUUUCCUGAUGCUGAUCUUUCUCUGGUGAAGCUAAUUUCCUGCUGGAGAGACCAAUCUGUACAGGUCAUUGAAGCAAUACAGGCAGUUCUGCUGGCUGAAGUUCAACAAUAUAUGAAAACCUUAAGAAAGAUAUCCAUCAACAGUCCACCACUGUCCAUAGCAGACAAUGGAAAUGGAGAGAUGAAGACACUGCCAAAGAAUGUACAGUCAGAACAGCUAGAGUUACAAUGCAUUAAAAACAUUCCUUUGCAAACUACAGUCAGUGUGGUCAAGCAUGACAGCCACUCAAACUCGGCAAACUUCCAAGAAGCUGAGGACAUGCCUGACAGAUGUGUCUUAGAAGAGUCGGAAAGUCCAGGUCAGCGAAAAGCACAUCCUUGGGUGAUUAAGGUGUGCUCCUGUAAGAUGUGUUGAAAUACCUCCUCAUUUAUUGGAAUUUAAGCAAAUUAAUUAAGAAAAUGAAACUGUAUAAUAUUUUUAUAAAGACAUUUGUUUGUGUUGUGAUCAGAAUAUAAGAAUCAUUUGAUAUGUCUGUCUUUGAAGCUAACUGUUAUGAAAAUUGUAAGAGUUGAUCCAAUAUAACACUAUGUACUAUAUAUUUGGAAAAAUUUUUCUAAGUUAUUUCAUGAAUCUUCUUCUCAGUUUUUCCAUUCUUAUCCCCAAUGUAGAAUGCUUGUCCUCUACCAUAUGAGUGUUUGUAGCUUAGUUGAGUUUUGAAGUAUAUUUAAGUUCCAUUUUUUUCAUUCUUCUGAAUCAUUUAAAAAUAUUAUGUCAAAGAUUAUAUAAGGGUUUUGUAUUGAUCACUGUAUGUAUUUUAUAACCUUCAAUUAGUUAACUAUCUUAGCUGAAACUCAUGUGCUCUGUUGUGGUUUAUUAUUACCAAUCACCAAGUCACUAAUGUGAUCUGUAAGCACUCAGUAACAUCACCUACCAUAUGAUUAUUUCAGUUCAGUCCUUACAAAGAGAUGCAAAAUACUGGGUGGGAUAAUUUGCUUCUGUAUCAUUUAGUUGGUUCAUACAAGAUUAGAUGGAGUAUGUGGUGGUUUGAUCAUCAACUCAUGAAGCAGUCUGCACCAAUGGAUAUCACCAUAAUCUUAAACUAAAAAUGAGAUUUAACUGUUGAAGAUUGAACUUCAUAUCAACUUUUUUCUUCUCCAAUGCUCUUCAGUUUUCUUUAGCUAAGAUGGAGAAAAUGCUAUUUCAACACUAUGUAAUUUGAUUGCUUUGGGUAUUCAUUCUACAACAUCUAUAGCCACGUUGCUAUAUCUUAGGAGAUUGUCUCUAAGAAUUACUCUUAACCUCCCUCCCUCCCCCCAAAAAAUGCAUCAUGUUGCAAUCAACUUGGUGGUAAGCAUCCCCAACUUAGUUUGGUGAUCCUGGUGACACAUAUGUAUUAUUCAUUGUCAGGCCUAUAAUUGAAAACAAAUUCUUUUCAUCUUAUUGGAGUCUACUAGAAUUUUUAGUCUGCUUACACAUGAUUCCAAAUUUUAGGGUCACCUCCAUAUUACAGUGAAAAAAAAAUCAUAGUGGAGGGGGGGAAAACAACAGUAAAACUAGGAAAGCCCUUCAGGUAUUUACCCAUCCAUCAAUGGUUAGAUGCAUCACAAUCCAUUACAUAAAAUUCAUGUUAUAACCUCAAAUACAGCUUCUAUCUUUAUUCAUAUAAUCUAUUACUAAUGUGUUUACAUUUUAUUCCCCUAAAAAGUUGAAAUAAAAAGUGAUUUUUCCAGUUAAAGAGGUUUAUUAUUUAUUUAAAAUUACUUAUAAUUAUGAGAUAGAAUUAAAAUAACAAUAACAAACAUGUCAGAUUCAUCGAAAUGAAUAAAAGAGCUGAAACAGUCCCUUAUUUAGUGAACAGGAGUCUUAUUUAAUGAAGUUCCCAUUAUUCACAACUUUUUGCAAUUCUGAGAAUUACUUUCAGAAUUUCUAGCAUAUUAUUUUGGAUAUCCUGAAUGAUGGCAAAGCUUCAUCCUCUGAGAAUGAAUUUGAUUUGGGGAAAAACUUGGAGUCAAAUUUUGUGAAUAAAGUUAAGCGGGUUAACUGACCAGUAUUCCUUUUAAUUAAAAAACAAAGUUUUCUUGUGAGAAUCAGAAACUGUCUCUAAAGAUUAUUUUAAAAAUAAUUGGUUUAUUAGUAAUACAUACUAAAUAAGUGUUUAGUCUCCUGAGGUGAAUUUGAAAGAAAUGUAGAAGUUCUUUCAUUUACAAAGGUGUAGCUUGAAUUAAGAUUUUCUCAGAAUCACAAAAUAAUAAUAGACAUAAAAGUUAGAGAUUGUAAGGCAGAAAGAGCUAGAUUAUAAUCAGAGAAUGUAGGUUCAAUCUCAUCUUUGCAGUUUUGAAUCAGAUAGGUAUAGGUCUAUACAGGUAACUUGGAUCAAGUUACUUAAAACAACCUGAACCUCAGUAUCUCAAUUGUUAGAAAUGAGUUGACCUUCAAAGUUUCUUCCAGUUCUCAAGUAUGUGAAGCCAGAUCAGUUCUUUUAACUUAUGCUGAAGAAACUGAAGCCCAGAGAAGGGAAAUGUCUUGGCCAAAGACUGAGUCCUUAACUCAAAAGAGAAUCCAAGAGUCAAGACUUAAAACUUAGCUUUUUGACUGCAACUCAUCUUAUUCCUUUCACUACACUGUGCUUCACCUUAUUGAUAUAUUUUUAAAUCAUUCUCAGUACUUUUUAAUUGCAACUUUUAUUUCUACAUGCAGUCAAUUUCCCAUUUGCAAGGAAAAAAAUAUGACUAAAUGUAUAUUUUGAUAAAGUUGUUUUGAGGUAUAAGGAAAAGCCUGUAAUAGCUUUUACAUAUUAGAAAAUGUCCACUGUUUUAUAUAUAUAUAUAUUUCAGAUUUUACUAAUUUAUACUGUGUAAUAAUCGAGAUAAAAGGUUAUUUCUAAGUGACAAUUUAUUUCUAAAAUAUAGAGAUUUGAUGCUUCACAUAUAUUUUGUUGUUAUAUAUACACCCAUAUACAUUAUAAACGUAUGAACAUGAAUUUCUAAUGUCCAUGCUUUUUGUAAUAUCAAAUAUUUUCUGCCAUCAAAAAAAAAAUAAUCCUAGGAAAACAAUAAGAAUAUACAUAUAAAGGCUUCAUUCAUCAAACAGUCUUCAGUGGUUUUGCUUGUUUGGGUUACUUGAAAUAAAUGGUUGCUUCACACUUGAUCAGACUGGCUAUGGGUUGAUUUGCCCAUCUGCGAAUGCAGCCAGAAACCCCACAUUGAUUGUUUCUGGAUCCACCAUUUAUUGUCAUCUUUCAGUUAGCAAAUACAAUCAUGUUCUUUUUAACCAGUUUGUAUCUGCAGCUCUCACUGAUGUAAAAUAAAUGAUUUGAUUUUUUAAAAGUCA